GAGCCUUUAUCCUGGCCUUGGUUCAGUUCAUCAGGUAUCUCUGCAAGUACUUCGAGAAGCAGGCGGCGGCUCAAAAGAAUCGAGUCAUGGUGAUCGUCCUUAAAGUUCUUGGAUGCAUUAUUUGGUGCGUUGAGAAGUGCAUCAAGUUCCUCAACAAGAACGCGUACAUCCAGGUCGCCCUGAUGGGCACCAACUUCUGUACGUCCGCCAAGAAUGCUUUCCAACUGAUCAUUCGCAACAUGUUCCGCUUCGGCGUCGUCGCCAUUCUUGGCACGGUGAUCCACUAUAUCGGCUGGACAGUCAUCUUCGUGGGGACCACCGUUAUCGGCUACUUUAUUUUCGAUGCGUUCCAUCCCAGCGAAGAUUCGCUUCUGCCGCUCCUGACGUAUGCAGCCACCGGGUACAUCGUUGCACACCUUUACAUGAACGUCUUCGGUCUGGCGGUCGACACUUCGCUCCAGUGUUUCAUUGCCGCAGAGGAGAUGGGCUGUGCAGAGGAGUAUGUGCCUGGACCCCUGAAAUCUCUGGUCGAUUCGAACCCGGGAAAGAAGAAGUGGAAGAUGUUCGGCUCCAGCAAGGCGCGGUUUCUCGAGGCGCUUUGUGGCGCUUGA